UGCGGGAGAUGCGGGAGAAGAGCUGAGGGAGUGAGGACUGUGCGCCUGCUCUGUGAGAAUUGUUGUGUGUAGGGUGAAGAUGAGACAGCAGUUUGUGCUAUUGUUUGGCACCCCAGACCUUUCACGGAGUGGCUCUUUCGGCCCGGUCAUUCACAAUAUACACAAGAAGACAGCGGUAAAGGGAGCAGUGCCUGAUUAUGCUCUCCAGUCUCCAGCGAUCUGUCUCGGAAUGGUUGGACUGCAGCGGGAGGAAAAAAAAAAAAGAAGAAAAAAUCUCUUGUCCUUAUUCUCACUUCUCGUGUUCUAUAUAUAAUUUCAGUUCGGUUUCUUUGCGGACAACACGGAAGUAAAUGUUACUUUGAAUUUUCAUGCAAGCGUUUAUUAUAGUAGUCGGCGGGGCGUCGCGAACGUGGGAGAGACGGACGCUGCGGUACAUCACCAGUAUUACUGUCCCUCCCUGUCUCCUCUUCUUCUACAGUUCUCAGGUCUCCCCCAUGAAGGUACACACUCUGGUUAAGCAUCAGGAGGGAAGAAUCAAGAAUAAAGUGUAAAUAAUGCAUCUGGAGGGAGAGAGCCUGAAAACACUUAUAUGUGCAGCAUUUCUUCUGAUAAUGAAACAUAGUCACUGUUCUGCUUGUAACGGGGCUGAAUAUGAAAUUGACGAAAGAUGUUGUCCUGCUUGUGAUCCUGGUUUUUAUGUUCAGCGACAUUGUAUAGCAUUUUACACCACAAAGUGCGUUCCAUGUCCUGUAUCUACAUUCACUAAUAAACCACAUGGACGCCGUAUCUGCAACCCCUGUACAACCUGUGAUGAACAAAUUGGUUUAAAGGCAGUGAAGGAGUGUACAAACUCUUCAGACACGGUGUGUGGAGCCCUGGAAGGGAACUAUUGUAUUGAUUCCUAUGAGGGAGGAUGUAGAGCAGCACAGAAACACACAACCUGCAAACCUGGACACUUCAUCAAACACCCUGGAACAGAAUAUAAUGACACUGUGUGUGAGAACUGCCCUGAAAACUUUUACUCAAGUGGAUCUUCAACAUCCUGUUCACCACACACAGACUGUGAAUCUCAAGGACUUUCCACAGUCAAACCAGGAGACAGUGUGUUUGAUUCUCAGUGUGGAGAGAUCAGCCGAGUCCCUCUUAUAGCUGGAAUUACAGUUGGAAUAAUUUUACUGCUGUUACUAGUUGGAGGAGUAACACUGUAUAAAUCAGGGAUCUGUCACAGGGAAAACAGCUCCAUCCCACCUGUUGGAGGAGUAACACUAUAAAUCAGGCUUCUGUCACAAGGAGAACAGCUCCAUCCCACCUGGAUUGCUCCUUGAAGCUGCUACGGAUUCCCCUGAGUUUGUAUCCUGAUCCUCC